CCGCGAGCGCAGAUUAGCGGAGCCAGCACCGAACCAAGCCAAUCCGCUUGGUGGAGGAGCCUCGGCAGAUCCUCGGCUCACGCGGGCGGGGAGAAAAAGGUGGCUACCGGCAGCUCGAGCUCUAAGGGUGCAGGCUGUGGACACACUGGGGCCAACCAGCGGGGCGCCUACGGACCGGAGACAAACAUUGAUUGCAGAAAGGGCCACAUUUGGAAUGAAAAUGGAACAAACAGCUGGUGAGCCAACAAGGACAUGUUUGACAGAAGACAUUCCAAAAGCCAAGAGGUGCACAGUGAUUGGAGGCUCUGGAUUCCUGGGUCAGCACAUGGUGGAGCAGUUACUAGCAAGAGGCUAUGCUGUCAAUGUAUUUGACAUUCGGCAAGGGUUUGACAAUCCUCGCGUGCAGUUUUUCCUGGGUGACCUUUGCAGCCAACAGGACCUGUACCCAGCUCUGAAAGGUGUAAGCACAGUUUUCCACUGUGCAUCACCCCCACCAUUCAGUAACAACAAGGAACUCUUUUAUAAAGUGAAUUACAUUGGCACCAAGAAUGUCAUUGAAACUUGCAAAGAGGCUGGGGUUCAGAAACUCAUUUUAACCAGCAGUGCCAGUGUCAUCUUUGAGGGUGUUGACAUCAAGAAUGGAACUGAAGACCUCCCUUAUGCCAUGAAACCAAUUGACUACUACACAGAGACAAAGAUCUUACAAGAGAGAGCAGUCCUGGGUGCCCAUGAUCCCGAGAAGAAUUUCCUGACCACAGCGAUCCGCCCUCAUGGCAUUUUUGGCCCAAGGGACCCCCAGUUGGUCCCCAUUCUCAUCGAGGCAGCCAAGAAAGGCAAGAUGAAGUUCGUGAUUGGGAACGGGAAGAACUUGGUAGACUUUACCUUUGUGGAGAACGUGGUCCACGGACACAUCCUGGCUGCAGAGCACCUCUCCCGGGACACCGCCUUGGGUGGGAAGGCUUUUCACAUCACCAACGACGAGCCCAUCCCCUUCUGGACUUUCCUGUCCCGAAUCCUGACAGGCCUCAAUUACGAGGCCCCCAAGUACCACAUCCCCUACUGGCUGGCCUACUAUCUAGCCCUCCUGGUGUCCCUCCUGGUGAUGGUGAUCAGUCCUGUCAUCCAGCUUCAGCCCACUUUCACGCCCAUGAGGGUCGCACUGGCUGGCACGUUCCACUACUACAGCUGCGAGAAAGCCAAAAAACUCAUGGGCUACCGGCCGCUGGUCACCAUGGAUGAUGCUGUAGACAAGACCGUGCGGAGCUUUCACCACCUGCGCAAGGUCAUGUGAGGCGCCCCCAGCCCUGGCCCUUUGAUGCAUUCCCUAGCUGAUAACUCUCUCCCCUGGAGACCAAUAAACUAACCUCCUCCCAGUGAUUGUCUUCUUAGCUUAGGCCUCCCCCGGCCAGUUUGAUGACAGUACAUCUACCCUUCUGUGACCAAGAAGACAGUUAAAUUAGCAGACACGUCUUCUUCGUGGGACUGGAUGUCGAUUUCUUAAAACCGGGCAGCAGCUUCCUAUUCUAAGUGUUUUGUGUUCUCUCUGCCCCUGGGUUCCUUAAUCAUUCCAGUGUCCCCUGUGCACAACCAAAGAAGCUGUAGGGAAGAAACAGCCAUCUGCUGAUUGAGGAGGGGGUCCUAGAUUUAUUUCCAUGUAGACUGUUCAAGGAGCCACAGAUGACAAAUACCUAGAGAAAAGCAGAAGUUAUGUGAGGCAUCAAAUGUACAUUUCAAAUAGAUACAGAGUUGAGAGAAAAAGCUUAGAAUGCUUGAACAACUGUAAACCCCCAAUCCCCACGGGGGAAAGACUGCUGGUUGUUCACCUCCUUGCAUGCCCUGAGUUCUCUCUCAGGUACAGCUGCUGUGCCUGCCUGCAUUAUUUUUCAUAAAGCAUUCUUUCAUGUACACCUUUCUUAUCAUCCACAGAGCCCUCUUGUCCUUUUAAUGGCAAGGUGGGACACUGGGCAGGUGGACAGGAAGCCAUGGUAAAGGUCAGAGAGAAGAGCCCCUCCUUUAUCUGCUUGGAGAUGAUACAGAAAGGGCUGUUUCCUCACAGCUCAUGCUCACAGAACCCUUUAGGGCAGUUCCUAAAAAUCAGCACAUGUAGUGAAUUGGCAUUCUUUAUUUCCUGUUGUUCUUACAGAACCUGGUUUCUUCUCAGACUCAUUGAAAUGUAAUCUUAAAGAUGUCUGUUUUUUUUUUUCCUCUACCUUUGUCCAAGGGUGGGGAGGCACCUGAGGAGAUUGGAAUAAACUGAAGGUAUUGUACAUGC